CUUGGAAACUAUUCCAAAUGGUUUCAAAACUGCAGUACAAGCAGUACAACCUGCAAUGCAUUUUGCAUAAAUAGAGGCAUAAAAAUGCUGGCUUUUCAAGAUCAGCAAGAUUCGAUUUUAAUCCGCGGAUCAGUUGUUGGACAGCUUUGGCGCGAAAAGCAGGUUGCAUUGCGAAAAUACUGCAAAGUACCCACACAAUUGAAGGGUACUUUUGUGUGCUGAUAGCUGACUCAACCCGAGACACUUGCAGUGAAAAGUUCUGUUUCUUGGAGAUUGCCAUGAAUAAAGCUUGCUGUAGAUGUGGUGCUGCCCAAAACGCUGGCCCUCAUUGCCUCAGAGGUGCUGUGAGCCACUGUUUUUGCUGCCACAAGCCACCGCCGAUGAAGUGCAUCCAUUGUGGCGUUCUCGGAGACAUUCCUCUUGAAGAGAGCCACGGAACUUGCGUCUAUGGAAAUGCACACUACUACAUCUACUCGGAACAGUGGCCUCCGUUCCCGUUCACCGAAACUGAAACGAUCCCCCACACCCAUUCGCCCGAACUAGGCGAAUCAGGAGGCCACCCUCUGUCCAUCACGGAUGCCAGGACUCUGGAGGACGAACCCAUUGAAGUUGCGGACGAUCCCCAGGAAGCGACCGCAAACGAUGGGGAGGACGACGAUGUGCACGUCGAAAGAAAGCCUUCGACGCUCCGCUGGGUGACCACUGAAGAGAUCCGCGCUUGGAAACAGUGUCCGCGCUGUCGGAGGCAUCGCACCACAAAUGUUGGCUGGGUCAAACAUGCCCAGAAAUGCGCUCAGGACGCCUCGUACAAGCGAGCCAUGUUUUUUAUCUACACCCACACAAAGGGUUGGUGUAACUAUCUGGUUAGGAACUCCGUUUGGGAUCGGCACAGUAAUGGCCAGUGCACAACCUGCUCCGCAUCGCGGCGUGAGGGACUACCCAUGCCCUUCAUGCCGGAUCCACCACCCAGGCCAAAUGAAGACUACUUGGCCAAGAUGCGACGGCAGAGGGCGAGAGAACGGCGGGAGAGAGAACGAUGCAAAAGAACUAAUGCCCGCGUUCCUGGAGACAGCGCAGCGCAAUUGUCGCCUGGAUAUGAGCAUAGAACGCCACGUAUCCCAACAGGCCCAAAUGCUUUUUCUUCGCCCACAGGAAAUGAUACGACUAUCUGGUUAGGCACUAACAUAAUGAGAACCACAGCAAUGCGAUUGUUGUCCAGCGACGUGAGGGAUUAGCCAGAAUCUUUAGUGAUGGAUCCUUCACUGGGGCACAAGAAGGCAGAAUGGGCUGCCCUUAGAAGAAAAAUGUGGGGAAUUAACGCCACUGAAAAUCCAACUUCACACUGUAACAUGUAAGCUUUUAUUACUUUUGAUAAUGGUUUUUUAUUCCCGUCUCUUUGUCCGCAUCUUGAUUGCUUUUUUGUGUCAUAUGUGGAAUGUUUCAGCACUGGCCUAUAAAUUUGGCCUGCUAAAUUUAACUUACUCGUUUAUGUAGAUUUUGUACAUAAAAUUUAUAUCUUAUAGAACGUUGUUUUUACAAAGUAAAUAAAUGUUAUCGCGAUCACAGCCUACGCGUUCUUGGCGCACCGGAAGCCCAGGUUGCCGGCCGAGCUGUCCUCUGUGUUCUGAGAUCGGGCCGCGCACCUGUACCGGUAGCAGUAGGACUUGUGGCACAGAUCCGCGGUCCACUCCCAGACGUUCCCCACCAUGUUGUGCAGAUCAUAGACGUUUUGCCGGAAGGUGUCCACUGGGCUGGUGAACUCAAAGCCAUCAUCAGCCAGAUUGCCAUCGGGAAAGUCGCCUUGCCAAAUGUUUGUCCAAUGCUCGCCCCUGGGCAUCAGCUUGUUGCCCCACGGGUAAAGUUUUCGAUCCUUGCCGCCGCGACAUGCGGACUCCCAUUCUACUUCGGUGGGCAAACGCUUCCCCACCCACUUGCAGUAUUCCACAGCGUCGCGCCACGAAACGUGCGCAACCGGAUGUCGCCCCAGGUUUUCCAGACUGCUGUCCACGCCGUUGGGAUGGCGCCAGCUCACACCGGCCACCUUGUACCACCAAACGGCGCUAGCCACGCGGAAGUCCUCCAACUCCCUCUGCUCCGAUGGACUCAGAAGGCUCUUG